CAUUGCAUCUUGGCCUGUUUAUCAAAUAUUAGCCUCAUGUGUAGUUCAUGUAGCCCAGCCGAAACGGAUUAGAUAAUCGUUCCUGAUGGCUUAUUUAUGAAGAUACUUGAGCACAGAGUUUUAUUAUUUAAGUGUAAACAAACGCAACGCAGAAGUGAACACUUUUGCCAAAAACAGUCGCGUGAAUUCGCCGUGCCAUUUAUGUAUCUUUGCUUCACCUCGCCGGACACGCCCCUCUAGCAUUGUUUACAAGGAUGAAUUCUGCAGAGAUAAAUCACAAUCGGUGGACAGAGCGUCUCGGGGUGCAGCCGAUGAGCAGCAAAUCAUGCUGAGAUUAACGCAGACGAGGCGGCUGUAGGGACAGGAUGCAGUCUUACAUCUGCAGCAGCGAAGGAAUGCCCCUGUCGGAGGCGCUGUUCAUUCAACUGAGUCCAACAGCAGGCUCGUCGAGGGUAGACCCGACAGCCGUCGGCGGCAGGUCGUCGGCGGUCACCACGCCACUCGAGCUGGGCAAAAAGCUGCUGGAGGCUGCGCGGGACGGCCUCGAGGAAGAGUGCAGGAACCUCAUGGCCAAGGGAGCCCCUUUCACCUCGGAUUGGUUGGGCACCAGUGCUCUGCAUUUAGCCGUGCAGAACGGACACUUUGAGACGGCCAACCUGCUUUUGCGCGGCGGCAUCUCUCGAGACGCGCGAACCAAAGUGGACCGGACGCCUCUGCAUUUCGCUGCUUGCGAGGGCCACAUCAACCUUGUACAAUUGUUGCUGGAGAACGGCGCGGACGUGGACGCCACGGACAUGCUUAUGAUGACGCCGCUGCACUGGGCGGUGGAGAAAGGCCACUGCGAAGCUGUUGUCAGGCUGAUGGAGUACGGAUCAAAUCCCAAUGCCAUCAGCAAGUUCGAAAAAACGCCUCUGUCCAUUGCCUUAGAGAGCGGGAGGCAGGACAUUAUGGAUGCCUUACAAAAUACUGAAGUUCGGGAAGGAAUAAAAUUAGAAAACGACCCUUCGGAAUACCUGAAUCAACAGCUUGAAGAGGCUGACACGGCUGCAGAGAGUUUAAUCCAAUAUUCAGACAAAGUCGAGGAAAUGAUCGAAGAGCUUCCUAGAAGAGAUUCAACGGGGACCAAGUAUCUGAUGAAGUUAAGCGACAAAAAGCAAAAAAAGACUACCUCUAGCGGGAGUUCUGCCUCGAGCGAAGACAACAUGCAGUUUUUACGCUCGCACGGCAUUCAGAUGCUUCCCGUGGACGAUUCCAAUAUAGUUGCGUCUGCCAUGGAAAGUGGGCAAACGGUCGUCUUGACGGAGGCUGGCAAAAUGGCGCUCAACCUCACGAGAAGCUCUGUUGGCGCUGCUGCCAGGGUCAAACCUCAGACUAGAACUAGCAUAAUGACCCUGACGGCAGACCAGUUAGCAGCCAUUGCUGGGAAAAAGGUGAUCAACAUCUUGUCCCAAGGAGGGCAAAAGGGUAGAAACGCGCCAACCACAAUCACGAUACCGAAAAUAAUUAGUACAACGACAACAAACGUAAAGCGACUGAAUGCGGACAGUUCGAGCUCGGAGGCGAGUUUGCCCAAGACGCUGCGGUUGAUGAAGCCAAACAAAGUGGUGUUGCGGAAAGAGUGCAAUGACGAUGACCUGCAAAUGGUGCAUAAAAAACUUGCCGAGGCGCAGCGCGAGGCGGAUAAAUACAGACUGCAGUUGCAGCAGAAGGAGCAAGAAGCCGAAAAGUACAGACUGAAGCUGCAGUCGCUGACUAAAAGUGCGCAGUAGCAGUGAAUUCUAGUGUCCGCAGGUCGAGUCGAUCUCUCCUAUUAUUAUUGCGAACAUUUUUUUGGUGGCUCAAUUAACCGAUUAUCUUUUGUUAACUACCAUUCAUAUUCUUAUUGCUUGCCUUGGAAAUUCUAUCAUAUUUCAUGUUCUGUUUCCUGCUCAAAACAUUUUUGAUGCACUUGUACAGUCCAAUGAAUGGAGCAAAUGUAUAAUAUGACUUUGUAUUUCAUCGAAUUGCAAACAUUUUACAAGAACCAAGUUGUACUUAGCUAAAAGUUUAGAAAGGUGAAAUUACUAAACAUUUGGUUGCAAUCAUUUAA